CAGUUGUGAUUUGAACUUUAAACGAAUUGGAACGCGGUUUUUCUAAGCGGAACAGACACACAGUUUUAAUAAAGUGAACAGACAAUGUGCUAAAAAACAUUUCAAGAGGAAGUAAUUGAAGGAAAAUUCUUAAAGAUGUCAAGCCAAUUGAGAAGAAUAUUGGUUCUAUUAUUUGCUUGUCAAAUAUUGCAAAAUGCCGUUGCAGUGGGACAAGGUGUACACAAUGGCCACGAUUACUACGACGAAGAUGAGGAUGGCGAUUUUGUGCCCGUUGAACCGUGCAACGUUGUUCGACCCGGCGAUCCCGAUCUAACUACCUACGAUAUCCUCCAUUCCUAUCGUUUCGAUGAGUAUCAAUACGAGGCUCAGGGCGUUACACAAAUCGGCGGCUCGACAGGCUAUCAGCAGGCCUAUCACAUCAGUGAAUAUUCAAAUAUGACCAUCGAAUCGUCGCGAGCCUUUCCCAAGGGUAUACCCAAUGAGUUCUCGUUCGAGUGUACUUUCCGAGUGCCACAGCAACAGCCCCGCUACGAAUGGUAUCUGUUCGAGUUGAGCGACUACGAGUAUGAAUCGCUAAUGAGUGUGACCAUAAAUCCGGGAAUAAAUGCGAUUGAAUUUUCAUUGCCUAAAUUUGACGGGUCACUGCAGACGGUGACAUUUGAGGAAAUCGAGAUUUUCGAUCGUUCUUGGCAUAAGGUCAUGUUGGGUGUCAGCCAGGAUGGUGUACGUCUGUGGGUGGAUUGUAAACCUGUGCCGGAUAAUCGUGGCAGCUUUAAGGCACCCUUGGAUGUGAGGGGUCCCAUUGACGCCACCGAUGGUGCCUUUACUGUGGCCCGUACCUGUUCCAGCAAGGAAACUGUACCGAUCGACCUACAAUGGAUGAUAUUUAGCUGUGACAAAGACAAACCGGCCACCACAACCUGUGAGGACCUUCCCCAAUACAUUCAAACCAACACGAGUCGUCCCCAUUACGAAUGGCCAAAACCAGAAACAACAACCACCACAAAUCGUUUUAGGCCCGAUAAUAUUGAAAGCACCACGACGCCACGAGAACCUUUUAACAUCGGAUAUUUGGAUACAACAACAGAGAAAUUUUGGAACAUUGAUAGUACCCCAACGUAUUCAUUCCAUGGCAAGGAAGUCGUAACAUGCCCCGAACAGUGUCCAAGUGGUCCACACGGCCUACCGGGACCACCGGGUCUAAGGGGUUUGCCUGGAGCUCCCGGUCCUGCUGGUAUUCCCGGAAAUCCGGCUCCUUCCAUUGGUACAUAUGGCCAGGUGGCUGGUGUGAAGGGUGAAAAGGGAGAUGCAGGCCUGCCGGGCAUGUGGGGAUUGAAGGGUGAAAGAGGAGACAACGGUCUGCCCGGUGUCCCAGGCAUGAAGGGCAUUGCUGGUCUGCCGGGUCCCCAGGGACCACCCGGUUUUGGCAUACAAGGUCCUCCCGGUGAAUCUGGUGAAAAGGGAGACAAGGGUGACAGAGGUUUGCCUGGACCACCUGGUCCUCCCGGAGUUGUCUCACCCCAAGAGGGACAAUUGGGAUUGGCAGUUCAAGGCCCCCCUGGUGAACCUGGCACACCUGGAGAAAAGGGCGAAAGAGGUCUUCCGGGCUUAGAUGGUGCCGAUGGACGUCCUGGACCUCCAGGUCCACCUGGCCCUCCUGGACCCGCCUCGGUACAUAACGAAGCUGGUUGGGAAACUAAGACUGGUCCCAUGGGACCACCUGGUAUGCCCGGAGCACCAGGUCAACCUGGUCAACCGGGCCCACAAGGUAUGCCUGGAACGCCCGGUCUUCCUGGCCAACCAGCUGACAAUUUUAAUUACAAUUUUGAUGAGGGUCGUAUCCGAGAUAUUUGCAUGGCUGUGGUGCGAGAUUAUAUCAGUGAAAUUUCGCACACUCUCAUGGGACCACCUGGGCCACCCGGCCGUAGGGGUGUGAGUCGUCCAGGACCACCUGGACCUCAGGGCAUACAGGGUGAACCUGGUCCUCGAGGCCCACAAGGUGAGCGUGGUUAUCCUGGCCUAAAUGGCCACCCGGGGGCACCUGGAGAAAUGGGCCCACCCGGACGUGAUGGCGAAAAAGGUGAUCGUGGUUAUCCCGGUGAGGGUCGUGAGGGACCCAUGGGACCACCUGGAGCCCCAGGUCCUGCUGGAGUGGGUAUUGAUGGUGCUCCCGGCAGACCCGGUGAACGUGGUGACACUGGUAAACCAGGUGAACCUGGCACUCGUGGACCUCCAGGCCAGCCUGGCAGUUGUCCAGAUUGCAGUUCAUACAUGGCAGCUUAUACUUAUCCUUUGCAAUUGGCCCAACAGCAAUGGAACAAUAAGGGACCGCAAAAUAACAAGGGACCCCAGAAUUACUACAACAAGGGACCGAAUUAUUGAAGAUGGUCAGAGGAAAAAAUGCAAACAAAAAAUAAUGAUGUGUUCACAAAGCUGCAGCAGUAGCCAAUAAGAAAAUAUUUUAUGUAAUCAUUUAGAGUCGAAAUAAAUAUUGAA